AUGUUCCAGCUCCGUGCAUCGCCCAUGCUGACUCUCUGGCGCCGUCUCAAAGGACGCGGCUUGCACUGCGUGUACCGCGUGGCCCCGCUGAUGAAUGAGAGGGACGCGGGAUCGCAAAGCCUCGUGCGCGACCUGGAAAAGCGCCUGGAGCUCGCAGAGGCCGAGAACGCAAAGCUUCGCUCGUCGUACAACGCCCUCGCGUCGUGCGCCACCACCCAGAGCGCUGCUGGCCCGGAACACGCAUCGUCCACAACGCUUGCCGACCACCAGCCUGCAAGCUCCACCGCCGUGCCCCCGUCCGCGGCCUCGCAGUCGGACGCCGCUGCUAUCUCGCCACAGUCGGAGCAUCCUGGGCGCUCGGCGGCGCUGGGCCGAGUGGUGAACGAGGAGGUAGGUAGUCCCGAAGAGGGCACCGAAAUCGUUGAGGUCAACCCCCACACCAGGGACAUCGAGUUCCAUGGCCACACCUCAUCUGUCGCCUUCUUGGGCCGCGUGCGGCAGGAGUACGGCUACAGCGAGGGGGACUCGCAGGGCGACCAGCAGACGACCUCCCAGAAACCGUCGUUGGUCAGCACUUUCUACAACCACGCCUUUGGCACCCAGCGCAACGGAGAUGCCAGCGGAUGGAACGACGUGCUCGAGAACCAGUUCUUCUUCCCACAAUCUUAUGUCUUCUUGGAAACCUAUUUCAAUAAUCUCCACUACAUCCACCCCUUCUUGGACAAGGAGAACUUUUAUUCCAGAUGCGAUGAUUUGUGGCAAGGUCGCUUUCAGAACCAGUCCCGCAGUUUCAUCGCAUUGUAUUUCAGCUUGGUCUCGCUCGGUGCUCUCAUUCGCACGUGGACGGAGGAGAAGCUUAACGGGAUGGGCAGAUUCGAGUGGAGUCGCAUGCUCUUUGAGAAGGCACAGCUGGCCCUAGGAUUUCCGGGCUCUGCAAAUGAUCUUGAGGCCGCUCAAGCAUAUAUCUUUAUGGCCAAAGUCUGCCAAAAUGAGCUGAAUCCCAAUCUCGCAUACACAUAUCUUGGCAUGGCUUCGCGCACGCUUCUGUCAAUAGGCGCAAACCGCAAUGCUUCCAUUGACAGCGGUGGCUCAGCAAGGCAGCCACAAGCCUUGGAGGCUUCGAAGACGUGGUGGGGUUUCUACACCCUGGAAAUCGAACUCAGUUUCGCCCUUGGACGGCCUGACAGUCUGGGGAUGGAUGACUACCACAACCGCCCCCUGCCUCCAAUGGAUGGCUCUGAUGUCGACAUUAUUCCUGGUAUGAUAGGCCUGGCGCGGAUCAUGCGCGCCAUCUCGGUCAAAGUCUACCUUCACCGCUUGUCCUUGGCUCAGAAGCUGCAGGGUGCACUAAACAUCGAGAUGGAGAUGGACGCAUGGGUAGCCCGGUUACCAGAGGCGAUAAGACCGCAAUUUACCAGUGAUGUUGGCAGGCAUAGUCGGCUGGGUGAUCCGCCUUGGGCGUAUUAUCAGAGGCUCGUCCUACAGAUUAGGUAUUAUAACGUCAAGAUGCUUCUUUUGAGGCCGUUCAUCGUACAUGCAUCGAAAUACUCUGACGAGCGAGAAUCGAGUUUGGACGAUGCGGUCAACAAAUGUACAGAUGCUGCUGCAAGGACGAUCGAUCUCAUGUACGAGACUUAUCGAGUUCACACAUUCUUCCACACUUGGUGGUACAACAUCACGUACCUCACUUUUGCAGCUUCAAUCAUCCUCUACCGCGCCGUGCAAAGUAUCCAGCAGCCCAACCCACAGCACGACUACAUCCGCCUCAUCGAGCAGACUCUUAGCAUGCUCGACCUCAUGCGCGAGUCCGUCGUCGCCUGCAAGACAGCCAAGGUUCUCCGCCAGAUGCUUGCCAUCCUACGGCAACGCUCCGGCCGCUCGCCUACGGUAGCAGAAAGCAGCGUAUCUUUUACCGGACCGAAGCAGCCGGCGCCCGAGCAGGGGCAGGCAGGCCAGGGCGUAGUCGGUGCGGGCUUGGAGGUCCCGCAUCUAGGCUUGGAGUCACUCGACGGGUGCCUCUGGGACUGGAGUUUCGAUUUCAGAGAUGUAUGGGAAAGCCAUGGCGGCGGGUUUCAUGGUCUGAGUUAA